GGAUGAUGAUUCGGAGUCUCGGAGAGCGACAAAGGUUUUUAGAGUGUGUUGGGAACUAAGUUGUCGAUGUUGAAUUGUAUGCAUGCGAGCAAGGAAUUAAAUUGCUUGUACAGUAUCGCCCUCUACCGUCAUGGGAUUACUGCGCAGAGGGUGGGUGGCACUUUAGGUGGGACAGCAUAGACUCUUAGGUUGCAGGGUUUUGAACUAUCUCUUAUUCUUGGAGAGUAACGAAAUAGGAUUUUACGAAUUCACGAGGUUUUGUCCUUUGUCUCUUGAUUUUGCUUAUAAGCAUCCCUAGGGAUAAGCAGGGAGCCAUCUGCGCUGUAUACCAAACAGAUGCAGAUGCAGGGGAGAUUCACAGCCUCCAAAUCGAUCGGAAUGAACCUCCUGAAGCUGACAUUAGCCUGGCAGACUAGAGACACAGGGAGACAUGCGACCUCGAUUGCACAAGUGUUCGCAAGGUAGUGCAGUCAAGUUCGAAUAUUCCAACUCACUAAAGAUCUAGUCCUGACCAAGUAUCGGAGGUGCUUGGUGCCUGAGUGGUUUUUCUAUUAAUAAGGAUUCCUUCCACUUCGGCUUCAACUCCCAUUGAGCUACAACAAUUUCUGUCCUUGCUCGCCGUGUUGGACAGUGCGUUGCGUUUAGCGUGCACGCAGUGAAGUAUUCUCUGUAAGUAUUGUGGAAUGUUUCUGUGCUCACAUGUUGGGGGGAUAUCAGUUGUUUCUCAUGACACUUGAACCUCUGUGCCGGGACUCGCAUGCGGUACUCACUAUGCUUAUUUGAUGAUCCAUUCUGAGCGGAGUGUUGUGAUGCUGGAGGCUUCAUGGGUUGAAUUUGACCAUACGAGCAUGUUGUUUCCCUCUCUUCAGACAGCAGCCGAGGAGACCAGUUAGUAUUGGGUGAGAGGAUUCUUUCAAGCUCCAGGAUAAUACCGAUUGGGUUCCAGUUGUGUCACCUGCUUUUGUCUUAGAAGUGCUCCACAUGUAAGCUUACGAUGUGCCAUGGUGAAGUUGAUUGCUUUCAUGGAAGCGCUGUUGCCAAACUUUUUCCGAGUCACUUAAUGUCAAACUUAUUUUCACUCUACAAGUAGCCGUUAGAGAAUUUGUAUUAUUUCCUUAGAUUAGGGUACCCAGGUGUACGACCAGUUUGGUGAGUGCUUUGAAUUCCCGUUAGCAAUUUGUCUGGAGGACUGUCGCUUGGGAUGGCGUUCGAGGAAUCUGUACCCGAGACGGGAUCUUGGGAUUUCAGGGAAAUUUGGUUGAGGGAUGAGUCCGACGAUCCAAAGAGCAGAACCUACUGUGUAGACUAUCAUGUAGGUUGCAUGGAACAACCAUCUAUAGUACGACUGGUGGAGCGUGUAAAUCAGAUGCAUCCCAGCCUGGAUACCGAGUGUGCCGAACUGCAAACUCAUGCUGCGAACGCCCUUAAAGCAGAGGUGGAAAGAGAUUGGGAAUCCUCGUUCCAAGAGUACACAAAAUUUAUAGAAGUUCUUGGCAGAGUCGGGUAUGAUGAGUUUGGGACAAAGUCGUUUCGCCUUUAUGCGGAUUACGUGUGGGUAGAAGCCUGGGCAGCCAUACCGUUGGCUUUGCACAAUCAAAUCAGGCUCGGAAAUUACGACUUGGCUGUAAAAGUUUUUGGACAUCUACGAGCAUCGCGGAACGAUGUGAUGAGUGAACGACUCCCAAUGAAUGCUUAUGCAAGCAUAGACCAACACAUCAGAGUUAUUGAUUGGGAGACGAGCUACAUGCUCAAAGGACGCGGCCAAGAGGGGCUGGCGCAGAUUCUCGCGGAGCGUGCUGUUCGGGACUUUCGGCCCCGCUGGUAUCUACAUGAUGAAAUUCCUGCGGAGGCAACUUUGUGUCACCUGCUUGGCAACCAACACCGCAAGUUUGGGCAGUACGAAACGGCAAUGAAAUGGCGAUCCGAACUGCGAAAAUGGGUGGAGUGCAAUGAGUUAUCGGUGGAUGCUGAAGUGGAAAUUACAUUAAGCGAUGCUUUUCUGCUAUGCGACAUGGAUGAUUUCUCGGCCGCUUCCCACGAGCUCCUCAAGUUGAAGCAGAGGAUCAGUGAUGCGGACAUGGACAACGUGCACCUGAGAAGAGUGUUGCAUGUGGAUAACGCCUGGUGGCAGUGCCGGAGGCACCUGGCUCUCCAGCAGGGUCUCCAGGAUUCCGAGCCGCCCGCGCAUUCGGGUAGGUUCAAUAAGGCAGAUUAUGUAACGACUGCAAUCUCACUCUGCAGUGCAACGUAUGCGCGAAGUAAUGGAUUUAAAUUCACGAGGUUUAUGCAGGUGGUGUCGAAGUGUAUGAGCUGCAUAGAUGAUUUCCCAGAUUCUGUCCGUAUGAUUGAAAACAUAUUUACUGUUACAAGCAAGGCGAGCUCCACUUCGAGUUCACAGGUACAUAUAACAGAUUUUUACUUCGACAUCCCAACUGGUCAAACAAGAAUUGGUGACACAUUACUUCAUGAAGCGUUUGCCCAUGUGCAAACAAUAUUUAAUGGCACACUCGUUGAUGCAGCUUCAGCCCGUGUGCUGCCAGAGGAUUUUGGUAUACAGCUAGAAAAUUCUGGUAUACAGCUAGAAAAAUUACGGCAAUCUGCAACUAUGGGACUCCGAGCGGAGUCAUAUAAUGUUUGGCAUCUAGCUUUUUUCUUUUAUCGAAAUUUUCUAGAAGCACUUGUCUCUCGCUGUGACUUGCCUCCGCCUGGCAGCUAUUUGCGGCAUGCCUAUCAAACACUAUUUAUAUGGGCUGCACUCCCUUACGCACUGAUCUACCACACACAGCUCAAGGACUACGAGCAUUCUAUCUGGUUAUUGCGAAUCAUUCAACUGGUUAUGGAUGGUAUUGUCUCUGGCCCUUGGCUCGGGGGUUUUGUUCCUGGCGUUACAAAGGCAGCCUAUGUAGCCGUGGAGUUGCAGGUGAGGAUGGCUGCGUGGGAAUGGAGUUGCGCCCUUAUUGAGGAGGGGAUGGUGGAUAAGUCGGAUAUGCUUGGGAAGAUGGCAACAAGAAACUUCCCAAAUCAGUUUCUGGUUCUACCACCUGAAUUAGGCAUGGAUGACGAGGACCGUGCCGAGGUUUCGUUGUGUGAAUUAUUGCACAAUUUAUAUUACGAUGUAGGGGACUGUGAGGAAGCCGGAGCUUGGGAAGCCAAGAUUUCUGACUACAUGUAUCGGUUUCUUGGUAUGCCGAUGUCCGAACCUCAUUGGCAAAGAGUUGCUGGUCGCGUGCUCCUUAUCGACCCAGACACACCAGCAUAUCCUCGAAUCACUCAUGUUCCAACAUGUAUCAGAUUUGCGAAUCCUCCUCCCCGCUCAAGCGGGUCGUCAACACCAGAACGGAUGUUCAACGCCAAUCCAAACAACAGUCUUAUAUUUUGACGCCUCUGUACAAUGGCUACCAACUUGCAUGGAUACUGCAGUUGUCUCAAAAGAAAGACUUGUUUAUGUGAUCAUCCUUGGAAAGCGAAGGAAAAAGUCGGACUACGAGUACCAUCACGGUGGUAUCGAAUUUGCAUCCGCAUGUCCUGCCCAUCUGUUCUCACUGGCGCAGCCUGUCAACUUGACGAGUCGUUCCAGUGCUAGUACGUGAAAUUUGAUACUAUUACACGAUGUACUGGAUCAACCAUAGCAGUCUAAUAGCAAUUCAUUGAUCAUGUGGUGAUUGCACCUUUGACAACGUGGCCCCGCACUUGAUCGCCGUCGCCGACAGCCUGAAGUUCGCCUGGCGACCCCUAUUCAUUACUGCAUGUUCAAUCGAUUAAGAAUCGACCAAGAGAUCAAAGUACUACGAUCAACUUCUUUGGAAGCUGUUUGCGUAUAACUUCUAGCACUUGAGGUCGUACUUGACAUCAAGUCAAGCACGGGAUUUACAAGAAGCAUUCGUUACACUUCCAUCUCUUCUUUCGGAAAGAAUCGCCUUGUAGUUAAGUCCCAAACUCUAUUCAAAUGAGUCUUGUCUUUUCUCUGCUCUGUCACCAGUGUAGAAUCUAGAUGAGAUUGUGUGAUAGCAUGCUUAUCGAAGGCGUCGGAUGAGAGCUCAGACGGGCCGGAGUGUAUCAUGUUGGACAGUAGUCAUUUGUAUUGUAUGCUUAAAGUAAUUCAAUGUGUAUAUCAUAUUGGAUGAAAGCACGAUGUGGGUACUAAAAAGUCAUGACUUCUACAGAAUGACUACAUGUAAUUCAAUUUAUGUAUACUUCACAUUUCGCCUUUAAUACCAUGUAUGCAACUUCAGCCA